GUGAAGCGCAUGUAUCGGUGGGAGGUUUUUUAUGCGGCGAUCUUCGAAAAGAUUUGUGGCUUGCCAUGCCUGGCAAGCGCAUUAAUGUACUCUAUGUGCCGCGACUGAAACGUGCUUAAAAUUCGCAAAUAAAAAAGCAAACUUGAAAAGAAAGAACUGUGGAAACAGCUUUUGGCCCAAGCGACCAAAAAGAAAAAGUGUGAACAAAUAAAGAAUAUAAGGUCCAAAAAUCGAUAUAAUAAUAAUAAAAGCAUGCGGGAACGCAGUCAAACAACGCCGCGUCGUCGUCGCAAUGGUCCCAAGCAGGCGCUGCCCGUGGAGUCCAACUACCAGUUAGAGCAGACCGAGGCCAUUUAUGGCUCGACGCUGUUGCCGUCGCAGCGCCGCUUUAUGGAUCCGUGGGAUCUGGAGAAUUACGAUUAUGUGCGCAAGAAAAUGGACAUCGACAACAUUUUGCCAGACUACGAAACGGCGUUGGACUACGAACUGGAGCCCUCGCAGUCGCCCAGUCCUGUCUAUGGUCAUGGCAAUCGCCUGGUCAUGGCCUCUACCAUGCCACGCCCACACACCAGACGCCUGUCACGCAGCCAGUGCCAGCUGGAGUGCUGUCGCCUGCCCAAUGUCAACGGCAGUCGCAAUCGCAGUCGCAGUCGCAAGGAGCUGCUCUAUGCAGCACGCAGCGAAGUCUAUGGCCAGGCACCCAUAUCGAGUCGAUAUGAUGACUAUAUGGCCACCAUGACCAGGCAGCUGCAUCUGGAUGACGAUGACAUCGAGCAACAGGAACAGGAGCAGCGUCAGAUAUACAAUGGCUAUGGAGGUUUCUCCAGCGCCAGCUCCACGGAGCCACACUCCUCCAUAAGUGAUGAGUUGCCCUUGAUGACGACGCUGCCUCGACGUGCAGCCACGCUGCAGCGUCAUGCCCAACCGAGUGAGACCAGAGAUCGCACUAGCUACAACAACUCCAACUAUAGUUCGGGCUAUGGCACUGCGCCGCAUCCACGACGCAAGCGUAGCUCGGCCACGCCCACUGGCAAAUCGUUGGCCAUGGCACAGGCAAAGGCUAUGCCCCAGAUUGAUUUUCCAGCGCCGCCUCCGCUCUCGCCCGCGUACGACUAUUGCAAUCCGUAUGCUACAAUGCCGUUUUGCAGCCUACCGGAUUGCGCCGAGUGCCAGCAGCAGGCGACGUCGCUCAUCUAUGCGGCGCCAUCCACACUAUACGGACGGACGGGUGGGACGCAGAGCGAUUCGCCAAGCGACUCGUCGCUCUACGCCGGAAUUUAUUCGCGUAAAUUUGGCUUGAGCAAGAAGGGUCUGCUGCAGAUCGAUUAUUCCUGCAGUUGGAAUGAUUUGGAUCGAGUCAUGGGUCGACAGUACUGAGCGUCCACGGUACGGGCACUCGGCACUCGGGUCAUUGGGGUGUUUGGUUUUAGUCUCUAGUUAAACUAUUUACAGUAAGAACCAUCGAUAAUGAAAAGCAAAAACCAUUUGUACGUAACUCACUUCACCUGCUUAUAUAUUUACUUGAAAAGAAAAAAGAUGAAUC